AAGAGAGAGAGAGAGAGAGAGAGAGAGAGAGAGAGACAGGGGGACCCACUUUACUGGAAGCCAGUCUGGAGCAGCUGUCCUCUAGCAUUCCAAAAGUGUCGUCAGAUCAGCGCCGGGAGGUUCAGGGACAACUGCAGAAGCGUUUGCGCUCUCUUUAUGUUCAGCCCCUCACUGAGCGUCACUCUGAUCCCCACACCCGGACCCUUCCUCGCCUCUCCACUCCGCUCCCAUUCCGGCCAGCGCUGGGCCCAGGGCUCCAACCAUGGCAGAUCAGUAUAACACCAACGAGGAGAAGAUCCUGAAGGACAGACACGCCAAAGAGAUCGACCUGAUCAACAGGGACCCCAAGCAGAUCAAUGAAGAUGUCGUGAAGGUAGAUUUCGAGGACGUGAUCGCCGAGCCUGACGGCACACACAGCCUGGACGGAGUGUGGAAAGCCAGCUACACCACCUUCACCGUCUCCAAGUACUGGUGCUACCGCGUGCUGUCGGCCGUCUUCGGCGUCCCCGUGGCCUUGCUGUGGGGCUUCUGCUUCGCCUGCAUCUCCUUCUGCCACAUCUGGGCCGUCAUGCCGUGCAUCAAGAGCUACCUGAUUGAGACCCAGUGCCUGAGCCGGAUCUACUCGCUCUGCAUUCACACGUUCUGCGACCCGUUCUUCGAGGCGCUGGGGAAGGUGUUCAGCAGUGUGCGGGUGGCGCUCCGCAAAGAGGUGUAGAGUUGGGGAGAGGAGUCGCUGUUUACAGAAGCCUGGCAGGGAAAAGUGGGAUUUUGUUUUGCCUUUGUUUUGUCUUUGUCGAAAAAAGGUCAGGUUUUCGAUGGGCGUCAACCUGAUCCCCAUCACCUUUCUGUGAGCAAAAGCUGGAUAGAUGUAAGCAACGAAGCGGUGCGGGCUGAAUGCUGAACCGGAUUGCUUACGUCUAUGCAGCGCUUUCGAUUCUGUGGCGUGUGGAGAGAGAGAGAGAGAGGGGCUUAGUGGGCAAGUCAGGUUGAGCUGGUCAAGUCUUCAGAGAAAUAUUUAUGAAGGAUUUGAGUGCAGACAGACAGGAGAGCGGGUCUUAUUCUUUUGUGUGAUGAGGCCUUCUCCCUGUGUGCUCAAAAAACGCUUUUAUUGAGUGCCACCCGGCUAACGGUAUUCAUGUGAUGUCACAGAAAAGCAACAUUAUAAUAAGGUGAAACUGCUUGUUGAAUAACAAAUGUUCUGUACUCCUGAAUUUCACACCUUUAAAAAUAAAGAUAAAGGUGCUUUGAACAGUUCUUUUGUUCUUUGUUUGAAUGAGUCUAAACAGCCUUUUAAAAAGCCUUCAGAAUGAAGUUCUUAAGUUCUUAACCCAUUUAAACACCUAUAUUUAAUGGUUCUUUAUUAAACCAUAUGGAAAAAAAUAAUAGUUAAUCUUGGGCAUCAAUGAAAGAACCAUUUGAAGCACCUUUAUUAAUUUUUUUUAAAGAGUGUAGAUGUAUACGUCCAUAUAUAAGUCCAAGAUUUGUCUUGAUUUGUGUUUUUCUUUAUCACCAUGAUCAUGUCUCAUGUAUACUGUGCACAAAAUAAAUAUGUUUUAAGACGGA